GAAAUAGGCCCAAAACAUCGCCGGCCUAUGUAGCGGCAGUCAGGUGUAUUGGCCGGAGCGACGAGCGUGAGGAAUUGCCGCCGGCGACGGCAAGCGGCCGUGGAGGCCUGAGGCGGUUUGGAGCGGUAGGCGCGGAGAGGAGAUGUUCACGAACGCGCAGCGCCAGGUUGAGCGCACCGGCCGCGGCGGCACCCCGAGAAACCAGUACCUUCAGGACCUUGUGUCCCAGUUCCAGGACUCCACGGAUGAAGAGUCCAAAGAGAAGAUAGUUGCAAACUUGGCAAAUUUCGCAUAUGACCCAUAUAACUACGCCUUUAUGCGUCAGCUAAAUAUUCUGGAGUUGUUCUUGGACUGCAUUACAGAGCCGAAUGAAAGGCUUAUUGAGUUCGGCAUUGGUGGAAUAUGUAAUUCCUGUGUCGAUCCAGCAAAUGCUUCAGUCAUUACUCAAUGUGGUGGAAUCCCGUUGGUAGUACAAUGCUUAUCUAGUCCAGUAAGGAAUACUGUGAAUUACGCGCUUGGAGCUUUGUAUUACUUAUGCAACCCUUCAACAAAGAAAGAGAUUCUGCGACCUGAUGUACUUAGGGUGAUAGGAGACUAUGCUACAGUUGGAGCAGUUAAUAGCAGCUUCAACAAUCUGGCAAACACAUUCCUGGACAAACACGUCAACCCGUGACCUCUGUUCAGAAUUGCAGAGGUAGAGAGGAGAAGCUAUGUAGGAAUUACCACUUCUGUAGCCGUUCAUCCAACCGCAAUAAUAAACAGUAGUGACAUGUUUUGUAUACAACCUCUAAACCUCUUUAAAAUUCAGUAACUUCAUCAGCGUCAGCAUCGUGUCAUUUUUUCAAACAACUGUGAACUAUGUACUGCAGUUCGUUGUGAUUUGGCAGUAAAACAAAGGAGGAUAAAAUGCUUCUUUGCUAA